AUGGCAGCUAUGGAGCCUCCUAAGCAGCAAGUUGGGGAAGAGGAAGUUCCUCGUCUGCCUAUGCCCUCACGGAAUCCACUGCCAUUAUCCUCCGGACAAGAGGCUCAGGUUAGAGAACUUUACCAUGCGAGGGUACGAGGGUACUGCGCGCCGGAAAUCAAAUUAUUCGCGGAUUGUGCCCGCGGACGAACCUUCACCGCGCCUUUUAAAUGCAGAGCACAAAAUCGAGCGAUGAAUACAUGUAUGAUAGCCCACGCUACGCCAGCCGAACAAGACGCCGCUAGAGAAGAAUGGUUCGGACUACGGCUGAAGAGGCAGAAGGAUCGAGAGGCCAAAGAGGCGAGGCGGAUAGAGCAGGAGAAGUUCCAUCGGGAGUGGUGGGGCUUGCCGCAAGAGGAUCGAGAUGGAGACAAGGGGAGAGACGUUAUGCGGAGGGCUGAGAGAGUUGGAGGAUUCCCCAAGCGCGACGAAGAUGCGCUCAGCAAGGAUCGACACAGAUGA